AUGACAACCUCACUUUCACCAGUUAAGAGACACAAAGCAGGCGAAUAGCAAGACUUUUUCAUAUCACAGUUGAAGCAGGAAAUCUAUGAGCUUAGGCAGAGACAAAGAGAUUACCAGCAAUUGUAGGAACAGAUGGCUUUCCUCGAGAAAAAAUUCAGAUAAGCAGCUGAUGAUAAGAGAGUUAAUGACAGAGAAAGAGAUAUCCAAAUAUCAUCAGACCACAAGACUAUCGAUCAAUUAAUCAGAGAGCUCGAUUAUCUUAGAGAUCAAAACAGAGACCAGGAGGCAGAGCAAGAGACUAUACUGAUCAAGAUCUCUGAAAUCAACUCAGAGAUAUCUUCAAGAAAUGCCGAGAUUAGUGAGUUGAGAGGAGAUAAUAACACAGUAGACUCCAAGAUUUACGCUGAAAGAAAGGAUAUCGAGAGAUUAGACCUUGAGCAUAGAGAUGCAGUUAAUGUCUCCCACAAAAACUAUUAGGAGAUCGCAAGACUUAAGGACCUUAUCAACGUCAGAGAGCUUGACAACAGAGGCUUCUCCACUCGUCUUCAUGCUAUGGAACAAGAAGUAGAGUCUAACAAUAGAAGAAUUGUUCACUUGAGCGAGGCCAAGGAACUUAAAGAUCAAGAAAUCAAUGCAGCUCACCAAAGAAUCAGCAGAGAGCAACUUUCUAUUGGCUAAUUUAAGAACUAGAAUGCUCAACUUGACAAGGACAUUCAGUACUUCGAAAGUCUGAACUACAAGCACCAACAGACUCAGAUUGGCCUUAGCAAGUCAAAUGAGCAAGAAUACUUCAGAGGCAAGGACUUGAUAGGCGCAGAGAGCGAAAGAAGAGCCAUCUUAAAGGCAAGAGACGAAGAAAUCUCAGCCUUGAAGAUUGAUGUCGAGCAUGUGAAGCUAUCCAAUGCCAGAUAUGUCGAUGACUCACACGAACUUAAUGCUAAUAUUGAAUCACUCAACCGUCAUGUCGCUCUAUUGAACCAACAAAACUAUGAGUUAUCUGUUGAAUUGGAAAAGUUCAUCGAGACUGACGAGCAAGUAAGAAGAACUCUCAACAGAAAGGCAAAGGUCGAGGACAUCAGACAUAAAGUUGAUGAGGCAAUUGCUAGAUCUAUGGUUGAGGUGCAUAAUAGAAGAUCCCCGGAGAGAUUCCAAAGAGAGAGCCCAAGCAGAAGAGAUUCCAGACAAUGA